AUGGCUGCAAAUUGGCUUUAUUACGUAGCGAGUUUUGGAGUGAUCUUCAUCAGCCUGGUAACCGCCAAGUGCUCUGACUGUGGCCUGUCCUGGCAUCGCACCAACGGCAACUGCUACUUGAUGGUGGAGGAGCCCAAGUCCUUCUGGAAUGCCGAGGCGUACUGCCAGCGACUCUCCAGACUCGGGAGAGAGUCGCAUCUUGUCUCCAUCGCCGAUCAGCAAGAGGAAGACGCGGUGGAGGCGUACGCUCAGCUGUCCGGUCACUCGACCAUCUGGAUCGGAUACGAGAAGGACCCGGUGGUCGGAGACGGUCUGGUCUACCGUUGGACGGAUGGCAGUCCGUCCGUGGUAUACGAGGCGUGGGCCGGAGGAGAGCCGUCUGGCAAUGGGGAAGAUUGCGGCUCGCUGCGCAACGGGCAUCAGUGGAACGACCGUGGGUGCGACAACCCUUACCCAUUCAUCUGCGAGAUGCGUGGGAAGAACGUGUAA